AUGGCAGAGCCGAUUAGUAUAACGAUUGCAGCGGUCACAGCGGUGCUCGGCGCCGCCAAAGGCAUCGUCGCCAUGAUCGACAAAGAGGAGCACCAGAAACAUCAGAAGAAUGCAUCAGUUACCGAUCUUGAAGCAUCUGUCAACGCCCUCAAGGAGGACAUGAGCAAUUAUGGCCUUUUCCUGAACACGAUGUUUGCGGAAGAUGCCAACCAAAGAGCACGCAUAAGGCUCUGUUCGACCCCGAGGGCUCUCUUGCUAGAGCAGAAUGAGGUGAUAGAAACCACACUCUCCGCGUCUGAAUCCACUAGAGUUGGGCCGGUCAAACGGCCCCCUAUUGGGGAGCUGGUAACAUCGCUCUUUCGCACCACGUUGACCCCAAACGAUGGUACCAUCGACAAGCUCAUGAGCACAACCAAGGAUGUAGACAUAUGCCGCGGCAACUGCAACCGCUCGUUCAAGCGGGUAUGGAACCUCUAUCAACUCUAUCAGCAGCCUCCGAACCGACAAGCGUCUAUAACCAGCAUUCGAUCCGACGGCAUCGAAGGUGCCUUGGAUGAUGUCGAAUUGGCGUUCUAUAAACGACCUUUUUCUGUAUCCGCGGAGGGCAGUGUCCGUGUCGCGUUCAACAGCCUGUCCAUGUUGAACCGAACCAGCGAAAACUCAACGAAACACAUGAAGCUGAUGAAAGACAUUGGUCACCGGUGGGCACAGAGUGGGAUGGAUCGAAAUGAUUUCCUAGGCCAACCUGGAAAACCCAUUUCCAAGAUCCAAGCCCUUGGAAGGCUACAAACGUCUCUGUUCGAGCUAAUUUGGAGUGGUACGAUCGAGCAGAUGAAAAGGCCUCAAAACAUCGAAAUUCUGGCUCAGGAGAAGUCGGAAUUCAAAACCGAGCUGUACGAGCUUGAAAAGGCACUCCAAGAUGCAAUUUUGCGAGCCAAAAAAGAGAGAUUCGCCAUCGCUUUCUGUGGAAUGGUCAAAGCUGGGAAGUCAUUGUUCCUCAACGCGCUCAUUGGCGAACCUAUUCUGCCAUCUGAUGAAUUACCAUCCACCGCCUGGCCGUGUCGGCUUCGCCAUGUUCCAGGCCAGACGACGCCGAUGCUUACUUACGACGAGGGGCCGUUUAUCUCCGGCCUAAAGGCGCUGCAGAAAGCGAAAUAUGGUCAUCGACUUAGGAACUACCAACCUCCUUCCGAAGAUACUUUCGAUGCAAUAUUCCAGGAUGAAGAUGUAGCGCCACCGACAGAAGAGGAGGUCAAGCUCAGGGAACUGUACGCAUCUUGGGUUGACCUUCAUGCUGUGACAAGGAAGAACCUAGAAGAAUUCGAGUCUCCAUACUAUGUCUUACCCAAGUCAGCAAAGGGACACGAGGACGUUAAGAGAUUGCUAGGGAUUCUAAACGACAUCAUUCGACUCUGCUUCCGCUUCAAGCUCGUUUUCAAGAUGGAUGAUGUCGAGUGGCCAUUACUGACCGUGGAAUUCAACUCGCUUCGUGACCACCCAAUGGACGGCAUAUACGAGUUUAUAGACCUCCCGGGGGUUGGAGAGCAAUUUGAAACACUUCGAGGCCAUGGUUCGACUGGUAGCAAAGGACUCAAACGCAAUUGUACCCAUCAUCUCAUUCAAAGAAUUGGCCCGCAGGCAAGUACUCGAAGGCUCCGUUUCCAUCAGUACUCAUCAUUACUCAGUGAUUGGAAGAAGCUACCGGACACUGUAUCGAGUGGAUUUGGUGCUCGAGCAAACAUUGUCAUCUGCACUCAUCUGGACCAAAUUCACGGCGAGAACCUCAACGAACAAUUAUCAAUCGUUAGCAAGGUCUUUUGGCCCGGUAAUGUUAAGGGAGCAGCGUCCAACAACAUCAUUCCUUGCUCUUCGUUAAUGGGUCUGAGCGCGCGAGCCCUUUUGGACUUAUCAAAGGGGAAAUCAAAACCAAACUUUACGUCUUUCUGGGACCCGAAGCGCAAGAAAGUCAGCCACCCGUGCGCUGAAAAAAUCCUUGGCGUCAGCCGGCCUAAGGAGAACUAUGAGAGGAUGCCGACCGAAUUUUGGAAAGCCGAGCUCGAACGGGAGAUGAAAGAGAGCGGCUUGCCAGACGCAAUCCAAAAGCUGGCCCGAGAAAUGGUCGAUCAAGCCAAACAACGGGCUCUCAUUCAGGAAUGCCAGGCUGUGUGUAAACAGCUUCGCAAGAUGAUUACCGCCCAAGAACGCAAGCUCCUCGAAGCCAGACGCACGAAACGAGACUUUGAUGCCGCAAAAAAGGAAUUUGAAGAUGCCCGAGCGAAGUUCUAUGCACUGAUCAAUACAUGGAGUCUUAGCAAAACCACCCAGGAGCAGAUUUAUAAAGACAAGCUGGACAGAGGGAUCAAGGCACUCUCCCAGAAAGCCGAAUCCUUCAUACCCCUCGCCAUAAAGAAGACGCUCAACGAUUGGUCCCUCGGAUCCGUCAAACAAGAGACGGAUAUUGAGUCCAGUAGAGCCCCGGAAAAAGCAAGAGCCACAGAGCAACAUGGAACUACUGUACUCACUGUCAAAAGUGUGGCACAUGCAGAGGAAUUCCUCCGUCACAGUCAAGCUGAACUCACAAAGUCGUUGAACGAGCUCAGACGGGACUUUGUGAUCAGUGUUCGGAAGAUGGCAGAGGAGGCGCGAGCAAAGCGCUUUCAAGAUCUGAAAGACAAAAUCAAAGAUCUCGAUCCAAAGAUGCAGCCAGAGCUCCGUGAAGAAAUCAUCGAGGAUCUGAGCAAUCAAUCUGUCAAUAUUCGUCAAGUUGCUUUCAACCAGAUCAAAAACAAGAUCAAGACAACCAAGACGCGACAUAGCGCAAGCACCGCUUUCAGAGCGAUAGAGGAACAGCUAGCAAAACCUUUGCUCACGCAGAAACAGGAGGGGCAAUCGGGAGAUGCAGCCGAGCAGCAAGCCCGACAGGCUGUAGAGGAUCUUGGAUUUAUACUUCGGGCCCCUAUCACCGCCGUCGCAACAAUCCCUUUCGUAUUUGGGCUGCCCAUCUGGCCUUGGAUUAUACACUCUCAAUCUUUUCACCUUGCGAUGGAUGUUAUCGAAGGUCGCUAUCGGGAGGAAAUCGUCAAACCGUGGAUCAAGGAUCUGGCGAGAGAGAGUGAAAAGUCGCUGACCGGAACAAUCACAGCUAGUUCCCAGGUCGGGAAGACAGCGGUAGAGAACGCAUUGGCACGUGAAGAUGCACGAUACAAGCGGGAAAGUGAAGAGCGAAACCAGAACAAGUAUGGAAUGGUACCGAACAUGGUGGCACUCAACAGCUCUCUAUGGGCGGCAGAGAGUGCGCUUCAAACGAUCUGGAAAGAGCUCCGUGAAUCACUGAACAGUGUGGGCGAGACAGCCCUCAAUGCCAAUGAUGGGCUGCAUUAA